GCUCUAAAAGGAGUUGCCACAGCAGUUUUGUUCGCCAAUGGAUGUUUUAGCUUCUUCUUCCUGCUUGCACCUCCAAAAAUUCCCGCACUUUGCAUGUUCCCAUUAUUUAUUUUCAGCUAAAACUCCAUUCCCCUCUACUAAGAAACCGAAAACCAUCACAGGAGCUUUAAAAGAAUGGCGCGACUACGAGGAAGCUGUCAAGCGCAAGGACCUCGCCAGAGCUCUCAGGUUCUUGAAAUCAAAAGAAACCGAGAAAAAAACCAACACUGCUAAUAACGAAGAUAAUUCGAUUAACGGGUCUUUAUCUACCGGGUCUGGUAUCAAUGAAUUGAGAUGGUUUGAUGGGUUGGACCGGAAUUGGGAGAUUUUGGAUACUUGUUUGAAUGCGGAUGAUAUGAGACUCGUUGGCAGUGCUUAUAAUUUUCUUCAGAAUAGAGGGUUGUUGCCCAGUUUUGGAAAAUUCACCAGCAUUGUCUUAGAGGGAACUAGAGAUGUUACACCAUCUGUAUUCAAGUCUUCAACAGGUUUAGAAGUGGCAAAAUUUGCUCCGAAGAAAUGGGGUCUUUCGGGAAGCUCUCAGUUCGCACUGCUUGCCUUUAUGGGUGGAGCAAAUUAUCUUCUGUCACAAGGGAUUGAGAUUAGGAUUAACCUUGCACUCGUAUUAGGAUUCGCGUUUAUGGAUUCUGUUUUCCUUGGCGGCACUUGCUUAGCUCAAAUCUCGAGUAUUUGGCCUCCAUACAGGCGUCGUAUUUUAGUUCAUGAAGCUGGUCAUCUUCUGGUAGCAUACCUUAUGGGUUGCCCAAUUCGUGGUGUGAUUUUAGAUCCAAUUGUUGCCAUGCAGAUGGGCAUUCAAGGCCAGCUGUUGGAAUUAAGGGGCCCUUUCAUUCAGAUGAACGUGAUGCUACUUUUUACAUUAGCAGGAACUCAGUUUUGGGAUGAAAAGAUGAGUACCGAACUUGCUGAUGGACGACUCAGUGGCACGACCUUUGACAGGUACUGCAUGGUGCUUUUUGCUGGCAUUGCAGCCGAAGCUCUUAUUUAUGGCGAGGCCGAAGGUGGAGAAAAUGAUGAAAAUCUAUUUAGGAGUAUCAGCGUUCUUCUGCAGCCUCCAUUAUCUGUAAACCAGAUGUCAAAUCAAGCAAGGUGGUCAGUUAUGCAGUCUUACAAUUUGCUAAAAUGGCAGAAGCAUGCUCAUAGAGCUGCUGUCAUAGCUCUUGAAAGUGGUAGUAGUUUGAGUGUCGUCAUUAGGAGUAUUGAGGAAGCUAUGACUUCUGGUAAAUGAGAUAUAUUUAUAUGCUGGGAAAAUAUUGGUUUUAUAUUUCCUUGACGAUAGAGCAAGAGGAUGUAUGGCUGAAGAAGAUUCGAGUCAAUCCGACUUUCAUUAGGCAUUUAGUGCAUGUGCUGCUGCUGCUCAUCACCUAACUUCCCGAUUCCUGAUUUCUGAUUAAAGUACAUCUAUCUUCACUAAUCGGCUAUACCGUGUUGAUGAUAUAUUGUCGUCCCAGUCGACUUAUCCAAGGAAACAUAUGCAAUAUAGGCAGACACUACAGGGAGCGUUGACAGAAUCUUAUAUGCAGCUGACCUUAAUCCAGGGAUUCUUCCAACUAUUUGCAGAGAGUCCCGAGUUUGAAUCAUGUUUGAAUAUUUAUCCAAUUCUUAGCUUCAAAUAAGAAAUUCUCAGCAUAGUUAUUACAGUUUACCUGAUGGCGUCUACUAUCCGAGUGAUGUUUAACUGUGUUGUAUCUUGAUGAUUAUUGUCAACUAGACUGAAGAAAUCAAUGAUAAUUACAAAUAUAUAAUUUUGAGAUUGCAA